AUGUUCAGCACAAGCAGUUCCCUGAACACUCACGUGCGAAUUCACACUGGUGAACGCCCACACGAGUGCUCCAUCUGCGGAAAACGGUUCACAGCCUCUUCUAAUCUCUACUACCACCGAAUGACCCAUAACAAGGAGAAGCCACAUAAAUGCAACCACUGUGAGAGGUCGUUCCCGACUCCUGGAGAUCUGCGAGCACACAGUUACUCUCACACUGGCAACUGGCCAUUGAAAUGUCCAGUCUGCGCGCGAGGUUUUUGCAAACCUGGGGCUUUCUAUCAUCACCUGGAAGCGCACAGUGUGGGUACGUCAAUAGACUCAGCAUUUGCUGUUGAGGGUGCUCCAAAAUACACCUGCAAGCUUUGCCUGGAGCACUUUUCAUCGAUGGGGGAUCUCCACACCCACGAGAGAUCCCAUUCUCUCAUCAAUUCCACAAAAAAUCUUCUACCAUGGAAUUUAUGGUUUAAAUGAAAAUGAAAAAAUGUUUUCAACACUGGAUUAGGUGAGAAGUGCAAUAAAAACGAUAGCCAAUUGA